AUGAAUUCUUUAUCCCAGUCGACAAGGAGCGUUCCUCCUCUUGCUUUGAGCAGAUCAGCGGCACGCAGCACCACCUUCGGCCGGUCUUCCGCCUACCGACGGUUACCGUCUUCUGAUGCCCGUUCCGUCGCCUCCUCAUCGCCAUCCUCCCGCGCGCAGCUUCCCCAUCUUCGACCCGUCGCCCUUCGAUCAUCCUUCCUCCCUCAUGAGAUCCGUCCCCUUCUCAGCCACCCCGCCCAGACCCGCCCAUUCCACUUGACAUCCUCAAGAUGCCAACAAACCCAAGAGAAGGCCGAGACCAAGGCCAAGACUUCCGACGAGUCGUCUGAAACAAAAGAAGAGUCUACGUCCGAGGAGAAGCAGCAGCAGAAAAAGGAGAACGAGGGCGGCGCGGGUGAAGAGAAGGCCGAGGGCCAAGAGGGAGAGAAGAAAGGAGAGAAGGGGAAGAAGGACAUGCCUCCCCCCCCGCCACACGGUGACAAGACGCCCUGGCAGGUCUUCAUGGAGACCAUGCAGACCGAGUUCCAAGCGUCCAAGGAGUGGAACGAGUCGACCAAGGCGCUGUCCGGGGAGAUCCAGACCUUGCAGGAGAGCGAGCGGGUGAGGAAGGCGCGGCAAGCCUACGAGUCCACGACGGGCGCCAUUUCCUCGACCACCUCCACCGUCGUCAAGACUACCGCCGGAGCCAUCGGCAAGAGUGCUGCUUGGACCUGGGACACGGCGCCUGUCAAGGGCGUGCGCAAGGUGGCCAACGUCACGGGCGACGUGCUCGAUAAGGCCACCAAGCCCAUUCGCGAGACCGAGGCCUACAAGAACGUGAAGGAGGUGAUUGACGAUGGUAGCAGCUCGCGGUAUGGUGGAUGGUUGGAAAAGGAGGAGCGCAGGAAGAAGCGCGAGGCUGAGCUUCAGAAGAACCCUGCUCAGACGUUUGAGGAGGACCCCGACGCCGGCACACACGUUACCCUCCACAAAGACGCUGCCUGGAAGGAAGCCUGGAGGGAUUUCCGCGACCAAAACAAGUUCGUCCAGGGCUUCUUCAGCGCCGGCCGAGUGUACCAGGAAUCCGAGAACCCACUGAUCUCGACGGCGCGGAGCAUCACCGACACCAUCGGCGGACUCUUCGCCGAGAACGAGCAGGCUCAAGUGAUCAAGAAGAUUCGCACCAUGGACCCCAAUUUCAAGCUCGAGCCUUUCCUGACCGAACUCCGCGAGUUCAUCCUCCCCGAGGUGCUCGACGCCUACGUCAAGGGCGACGUCGAGACGCUCAAGCUUUGGCUGUCGGAAGCCCAGUACUCGGUGUACGACGCCCUCACCAAGCAGUACCUCAAGGCCGGGAUGAAGUCGGACGGGCGGAUCCUCGACAUCCGGCACGUCGACAUUGCGCGCGCGCGCAUCCUCGACCCCGGCGACAUCCCCGUUUUCGUCAUCACCUGCCGGACGCAGGAGGUCCACGUGUACCGCAACGCCAAGACCAACGAGCUGGCGGCCGGUAUGGAGGACAAGGUGCAGCAGGUGACAUACGCCAUCGGCAUCACCCGCGUGCCCGAAGACGUGAGCAACCCGGAGACGAGGGGCUGGCGGCUUAUCGAGAUGCAGAAGAGUGGUCGCGACUACUAUUAA